AGCAAAGCGAAUUGCUUAUUGCACUCGAUCACUAGUGCAACAUGAUAUAAAUCUUCCUGUAGGGCUAAAAUGAAAGCUCGUUUCCAAGUGCCGGACAUCAUAGGAAGACAGACUCGUUCAAAUGUCAGAUAUGACAUAUGGGGCGUGUAAAACAAAACAUUCUUCAUCAAGAAAUGUUUUUGGACUUCCUGCGUGGAGGUAAUUAAUGAAUUAAUGCUUUGCCGAAUCCGUCGAGCAUGGUCGGACGGGUCUAUACAUUUUCCAUCCGGCAGUGGUCUUGACAAAUUUCUUUUGAGGCAAGUCUAAUGUUCAUGUCCCCGGUAAGCUCGUUUGAUCGUAGAAGAAGCACAAUCAAGUUUUAUCGGCUUUCUCUUAUCUAUGCCAUAACCUUUACCGUUAACUUUAUUCUCUCCACGAUCUGGAAGCGCAGAGACCAAUUUUUCAACGAUGAAGGCAGUGUUCCCUGCAAGUAAGGCUAUUGCUCCUCAAACGCAGUGUUACUAUAGUAACGAUAUAAAACCCAAUUUUCAUAUUAUAAAAGAUAAAUAAAUAAAAAGAAAAACAUCAAAUCUCUCCGUGUGAAUAAACUUAGAGCAUUAAAUUCCAUUCAUACUCUAGGAUCAGUAGUCUUAAUGUUGUUGUUAAAUGCGUCAGUUAAUUGUUUGAGCUCAUUUAUGCCACCAUAAAGAAUAUGCGUUUUUCUUUAUUUAUUUAUGCGUUCGAAGGUUUUUACUUAUAGAGGCAAAGGUCAAGCUAAAUCUGAUCAUAAAAAAUGGAGAACUUGAAGCUAGUAGAGAAGGUUGUGAUUCUUCCGGAGAAACCCACGAAGUGCAGACGCAUUUUCCUAUCUAACAUAGACCUGUCUCUUGUUGUAUAUCAAGAAUCCGUCUCAUUUUUUGAUCCUCCAAAGAAUAAAAUUAGCUUCUCUGAAGCCUGCAAUAGCCUGUAUACUGCGCUUGCUCAUUUGCUAGUGCCUUAUGACUUCUUUGCUGGACGGCUUGUCCCUGCACUCGAAGAUGAUAAUCGCUUCGAGAUAGACUGUAAUAGUGCUGGAGUUGUUGUUGCUGCUGCAAAAACUGGCUCCACGUUGAACCAACUUGGUGAGCUUUUAACACCCAAACCGGAGUUCAGACAAUUUGUCGCUUUCUUGCAUGAAGAGGGUGAAGAAGAAAUGGAGCUUCAACACAAGCCUCUUCUCCAUUUACAGUUAACAGAGAUGGGAUGUGGAGGCCUGGCACUGGCCUCGCGGUACAACCACUGUGUCCUGGAUGGGAUUGCAGCUCGCGAUUUUGAGAAGAAUUUAGCUGCUUUAACUCGUGGAGAUGAAAUUGUGGUGCUGCCAAAUCCUGAUCGAACGGUCUUCAAAGCGAGGAACCCACCAAGAAUCACUCACCCACACUACGAGUACUCCACAGCUGCCUGCGAGACAGACAGCUUAUUCACAGUUUGUGGGACGAGUGGCAUCAAUGUCAAGGACUGGUCACCACAGAAUAAUAAGACUUGCUUGAUCUAUAUGUCCCCCAGAAGGAUUGCCAGCUUGAAGAAGGCAGCUCUCAAGGAUGGGAAAUUAGGAAAAUGCAGCAGUUUCCAAGUUGUGGCUGCCAAGAUAUGGAAGGUAAGGAGCAUUGCAGUGAAAAUGCAGGAAGAGAAAAUCAGCACCAUGUUAUUUCCAGUGGAUGCUCGAAGAAUUGUGGUGCCACCUGCCCCGUUUGGAUUUGCUGGAAAUGCAUUGGUUCCUGGAUUUGCACGAUUAAAAGUGAAGGAAUUGAAGGAUAGAGAAGAGUCUUACUUGGUGAGGAAAGUGCAAGAAGGGAUGGAAAGAUUGGAUGAUGAGCAUGUGAGGUCUGGGAUAGAUUGGCUUGAGGUUCACAAAGGGGCACCUUGCAGAGAAAACAGCUUUUCGUUGGUGGCCUGGUUUAGAUUAGGACUAGAAGAAGAUGUGUUUUCAUGGGGCAAAAUUAAAUGUGUGACACCAAUUAUGGUAAAACCUGGUUUGGUCAUUCUUUUGCCAGGGUCACAAGGGGAGGGAGGCCUUCAUGUCUGCCUACAACUGCCUGAUGAUCAAAUGGAUGAAUUUUGUAGAUUAUUGGUGGAAGAAUAAGGAGAUAUUUGCGCAUGGCUUAUGAGACCAAUACAUAUAUAUAUCAUUAUUCUUUGAUUGGGCUUUUCCUUGGAGCAAUUUUAAAGAGGACAAUUUUUCCAGAAAAUGGACUUUAAUGAAGGUUAAUAUCUCAAUUUAUAUGAUUAGCUGCUAAUUCCAGAGAAAUGGCUUUGUUAGCAUAACAAAUCAGAGAAGUCACUUAC